GACAAAUUGGGUUUUGAGGUUAUAGUUUAUAUUUACAAAAUAGUCAUUUAAAUAAAAAUAAAAAAUAUUAAUUUUACAUUCAGUUUAAUAAAUAGUUUAACUUUAUCUUCUAUACUUUAAAAUGGCUCCUAAAAUUCCUGAUAGAUGGAUACCCUAUAAAGCAUUUGGUAAAGUUAUAGAAGGCACACGGAUUAUUUGUUUCAAGGUUCCACUCCACCGGAGAUGGCAAUCGAAAAAUAAUGAAAUAUGGGAUAUCAAGACGCUUUUAGAGAAAAUACCAAAAUUAGGUGCUGUAAUAGAUUUAACAAACACACAACGGUAUUACGACCCGCAGGAAUUGCAGUCGGCGGGUGUUCUGCACAAGAAAAUUUUAAUGGAGGGUCGCGUUAUACCGCCCGAGCACAAAGUGACCGAAUUCCUUGGUGGGUGUUCAUUGCACGCAUGGAUUGAACCGUACGGGGUACAUGGUGUGUCGAUACCUGCGCGAUCGACUGCUGUGGCCCGCUGCCAGAGCUAUCGACAAAUUUGAAACGGCACGUGGUUACAAAAUAGAGAGGAAAGUUUAUAUAGCAGAUCUUGUAGGAACAAAGCAGCCUAACUCGCCUAAGUCUGAGAUAAACCAACCGACUAUUAUAAAACCGAUCCGCGAAUCACCUAUAGAUCCCAUUUUGCCAAGAGAUACUCACAAUGGUCGUAAUAAAAGGAGGAACAAUCAACUCGACUAUAACUGGAGAGGUUCGUAUGAAGAAGAAUUCGAGGGUCGUACAAUAAAGUAUAGCGAUAGAAGGUACGGUGGUAAAAGAUUUAAAAACGACAAAGAUAAAUAUUACAGAAAUAGGAAGGAUAGCGCCUCAAGUACAGAUUCAUAUGAUUUUAGAUAUGAUUACUGACAAUAGCUUAGGUUGUAUGUGUUUAUUACAAUGUCAAAGGUUGUGCGAAUAUAUUCUGCAUGAAAUACGAGCCGCAUUUCUGAUUGUUGUUUUGUGAUUUAAUAACUAUUCUUUAUAUACUCAUUAAUUGCAGUAAUAUAUAUGUAUCUAAAUAUUUCCUUUUCAUUUUAAUAUAAAUUUUAACGAAAUGCUACAGCAAUAAAAGGUCUUCUCUUUCCUCGCGCCUUUCUUCUGAUAUUUGUAAAAAUAAAGACUAGAUUUAUUAAUAGGUAACUACUCAUUAUAAGUUAUUUAUUUUUACUUGAACUACUACUACUAUGAACGAGAUCUUAGAGUUUACAUUAUUCUUAAACACUAUUUUAGUAAUACUGUCCUGUCGUUUUUAAGUUUUUUUUUUAAAGCCGUGAACUCCGCCGCCCGAGACGGCCGCGGCAUGGAGAACUGCCGAGUACUUUAUUUUCACGUCAUGACAUAAAUUCAAUUUUGGUUACUUUUAUAAAUAUUUAGUUUUUUUUUUUACAUUUUUUAUUAUUAAUGCCUUAAUAUAUUAGAACAAAAAUAAGAUGCACCUUAAAUUUGUAUUUAGUUAAGUUUUUGAAGUGAAACUUUUUUACUACUUUUAUUGGAAAAAAAUUUAGUGUAACAUUUUUUCGUUACGCGUGACAUUUU